UCGAUUACAUUUUCCAUAAUAUACUAUUUCUUCGCGAAAAAAUGAGUCAUCUUCACCCCAAAUUCGUCACUAGGCUAUUGUAAAGGCGAAAAAUUACUUGCAGCCGAACUUCAAAGUUGUCGCUGCAGUGCUUUUCAUUUCUGAGGGGUAUCUAGCAAGAGAUAUCUGGAAUAGCUCGCAUGUUUCUUAAAGAAAGUACCACUCUUUUCAGCGGUAUAUUGAUGAUGUUGAAGACCCUUAGGUUUAGCAAAGGUUUAACUUCGCUCAGAAUCUCAAGUUAUACUCUCUUCAAUUUGAACAAAUUUAUGAUUUCAGUUUAAUUACAUAAUUACUAAAGAUUUUCCAUAUGCAAAGCCAACUCCAUCACCAACUUUCCACAUACGAAUGCUAUCGUAUGAGGGCGGUUCAAUAAGAUCAUACAAAUAAUUGAACCACAUUAUUAGCUGAAAAAGUUGGAAACUGUUCCUUGCUUUCUUUAUAUUGGUUAGUAUUGGGUUUUCGCCAUCUCAAACCGUUUUUUAGUCGCAGACGCCUUUUGGUUCGACGAGAUGCUAAGAACUAGUCGAAUUUUGUGAACGUUCGGACAAUCCAGAACCGAACAAUAACUUACGAUACAGCAGAUGAAACACGAAUAGUCAACAACAGUUUAGACAGACACAGAAAGAACAAGAAGGUUGCCUAGGGAGUAUCCCUAGUCUUAAAUGAUUCUAUAUUUUUAUGAGCUUUGUAAAUCUUUCGAUAAUAUCCACCGAAUUAAAAUAGACUCUUUAGACAUAAAAUAGGUUGAAUCUCCUUUAUGCCAUUUUCGAGAAUCUUAUUGAGCCGCACUCGUACAGACACAUCCAUGAACUAACCUAUUAACGCGCCUAGCUGGUAAUGCGACUGAUCCUCCCUGUUUAAGCUGCUUAAAUACUAUUAGCAAGUGUCGAUCUACACAAUACUAUGCCUACAAACAUACAUACAUAUUUAAAUUAAAGUUUAAUAACAUUUAUUAGUUCGUAAUCGUUCCAUAUCGAUCAAGUUCAAUGUUUAUGUAUCGGUGUGUAUGUAGGUCGAGGAAGCCGGCUAACCAGUAUAAAUGCCUUUGCGUGCGCACAUUUCGUACACAGUGAUUUCUAACCAUUCGAAGAGUGUGUGUGUACGGUGCGCGUAAGCUACGCAAACGCAAACGUGAAACCAAGAACUGUAACUUAAAAAAAAAAAAAAUAUUUCAAAUUUUUCGUAAAUUUAAAACACUGUCAUGUUUUCGGUUCCGCUGAUACUCGUGUUCAGUUCGCUUGUGGCAUUGCUCACUUAUUGCUACGCCAAGUACGCUCGUCUCUACGCUUUAGCCGGCCGUUUUGGUGGUCCACCGGCAUUGCCCAUCAUUGGCAAUGCGCUAACCUUCCUCAACAUCGAGGCGCAUGAGUUUGUAAGUCGCUGCUUAGAAAUGGGUGAAAAAUAUGGCAAGACGUACCGCUUGUGGCUGGGUCCGCAGUUAAAUAUAAUCGUACACGAUCCACACGAUGUCGAAGUCUUGCUCAGCUCAAAUAAGCUGGCGGUAAAAGCGGAUCAAUAUCGUUAUAUGAAAUGCUGGAUGCACGACGGUCUGCUGCUGUCGCAUGGUCGUAAAUAUCAACAGCGUCGUAAACUUGUGUCCCCGACAUUUCACUACAAGAUGCUGGACAAUUUUCUCAGUUGCUUUCAGGAGCAUUCCUUGGAGUUAGUGCAGCAAAUGCGGGGACUAUGCAUGGAAGGUUCACCCUUUGAGUUGCGUCACUUUUUGGGCCUGUGCAUGUUGGAUACGAUUUGCGAUACGGCGAUGGGUGUGCAGCUACAAACGCAACGUAAUGCCGAUUCUGAAUACGUGAAGGCCUUAAACAGUCUCAUGGCCAUACUUCACCUACGCAUGUACGAUAUGAAAUAUUAUUUUGACUUCAUCUUUCGUUGCACCGCAAAAGCAAAAGAAGCUGAACGCGCACUCGCCAUCAUAAACAGUUACGCGGAGAAGGUGAUCUUGCAACGACGCAAAGAGUUAACGCACGCGCCGGAGCAAGCACAGCUCGAAACGCAAGGACCUUCGGUUGGUUUAAAACGCAAGCAAACCUUGCUGGACAUUUUACUGAACUCAACGGUCGACGGCAAGUCGCUAAGCAAUGUCGAUAUACGCGAAGAGGUGCACACAUUCAUGUUCGCCGGUCACGAUACGUUGUCGUCGGCGCUAAUGUUCUUCUUCUACUGCAUAUGCAGAAAUCCCGAAUGGCAGCAAAAGUGCUACGAGGAGAUAUGCAGCGUGUUCGGUAUAGAAAUCGGCGCGGUAGCUAUGAGUCGAGAGCACUUGGAUCGGCUGUACUAUGUAGAUUUGUGCAUUAAGGAAGCGCUGCGUAUGUAUCCACCGGUGGCGCUGAUCGGCCGCAAAGUCUUAGAAGAGACCAAAAUUAAUGAUCAUCUCAUACCUGCUGGCACAAAUAUUGGCUUCUCACCUUAUGUGUUUGGGCGUCAAUCUGAAGUUUUUGCCGAGCCAAACGCAUUCAAACCGGAACGUUUCGAGACGGUGGCAUGUGAAAAUAAUUCAAAGCUAAAUCCUUAUAUUUUCACCUCUUUUUCGGCGGGUCCACGUAGCUGCGUGGGCCAAAAAUACGCCAUACUGCAGAUGAAAGUGUCAAUUGUGAAUAUUUUAUUAAGUUUUGACUUGACAUUCGUAGGGGAUGCGACAUACGAGCUCAAACUUUCAAACGAAUUGACCAUGCGUACGAAGGAUCCGCUAAUGUUUACGAUACGAGCACGUGACAAAAAAGUGUAAAUUUGCAAAAUAUUUUAUUUAUGACUUAAGUAAGGUGUACAGUGAAAAAUUAGAGUAUAUACAAUUAGUCUAUGGUUUGGAAACUAAUUCGAUAUACAAUUUCCAAGCAAUACUUCGUGGCUAAUAUUGUUUUCGAUUCAUGCAAAGAGUGUAAUAUUGAAAAUUUAAAUUUUUUGUGGUUUUUGUAUUAAAAAAUUACUUAAUAUCUUGGAAUUACUAUAUUUAAUAUUUAUUUCUGAAUAUAACAUUUAUAUGGACAGUACCGAAAUUAUGCAGGUGAUUAGGUACAUAAUUAUGUAUUUAUAUAUGUAUGUACAGUUUUUUAAUAAAUAUUUAAGUACUUGAUUUUAUGAAAAACCCUUUACUUUUAAGAAAUAAUUGAAAUAAAGCAAAAAAUUGUAAUUUAAUGCUCUCAUUGAAAUCGGGAUCUCGGUAUUUAAAAGAAUUAAAUUUCCAUCGAAAACAUUAUUUUUAUGCAAAAACAGGUUCACUCCAUCAAACA